AAUCACAUGAUUUCAUAUUUGUCUGUACAGGAACCACUUGCUCCCUGCGAGUAUUUAACGUGAGCAACAACAACAGCAGGAGCAGCAGCAGGAGCCCCCCAUCACUGCAGGAGCCCCCCAUCACUGCAGGAGCCCCCCAUCACUGCAGGAGCCCCCCAUCACUGCAGGAGCCCCCCAUCACUACAUGAACCCCGACUCACUGACACAAUGGCCUGGACCUCGUACCAACUGCUCCUGGCAGGGAUGAUGUUAACAACUGGAUCCAUCAACACCCUCUCAGCUAAGUGGGCAGAUAAUUUCAAUGCCAAAGGCUGUAAUGGGUCAGAGAGUCACCAGUUCCAGCACCCGUUUCUACAGGCCGUGGGCAUGUUCCUGGGAGAACUCUCCUGUCUGGCAGUUUUGUACAUUCUCAUCUGCAGAAACAGAAGUUCCCCCGUUCCCACCAUCGAACCCUCUCAGCCCUUUAACCCUUUGCUCUUCCUCCCGCCGGCUCUGUGUGACAUGACCGGGACCAGCAUCAUGUAUGUGGCUCUGAACAUGACCAGCGCCUCCAGUUUCCAGAUGCUCCGGGGGGCCGUCAUCAUCUUCACGGGGCUCCUGUCCGUGGCUUUCCUGGGCCGCAAGCUGGAGUGGAGCCAGUGGCUGGGAAUCUGUAUCACUAUAGCCGGACUGGUAGUCGUGGGACUGGCAGAUUUACUCAGUGGCCCUGGGGCCGGAAAAAACCUCAGUGAUGUCAUUACUGGGGACCUGCUCAUCAUUAUGGCUCAGAUCAUCGUGUCCAUUCAGAUGGUUCUGGAGGAGAAGUUUGUCUACAAACACAAUGUUCACCCGCUGAGAGCCGUCGGCACCGAGGGUCUCUUCGGCUUCGUUAUCCUGUCGUUAUUGCUCAUCCCGUUCUACUACAUCCCGGCCGGGGGUCUGAGCAACAGUGAGCGGCCGGUGCUGGAGGAUUCAUUAGAUGCCUUCUGUCAGAUUGGCAACCAGCCCCUCAUCUUCCUGGCCCUGCUGGGCAACAUCAUCAGCAUCGCCUUCUUCAACUUCGCCGGGAUCAGCGUCACCAAGGAGAUCAGCGCCACCACCCGCAUGGUCUUGGACAGUCUCAGGACCGUCGUUAUUUGGGUGGUGAGUCUGGCCCUGGGCUGGGAGACAUUUCAUGCGCUGCAGAUAUUGGGGUUCAUCGUCUUGUUACUGGGGGCCGCCCUCUACAAUGGACUUCACAAACCCCUAAUGUGCCGGAGGUGCCGGGGAGAGAGCGAGGAGACUCAGGGGCUGCUGCAAGGGGAACGUCGGGACCCCAUUAAUUCUGACUGAAGAGGCCCUGGGAGGAAAGUCGCGUCCCCGGGGGCACUGGGUAUAGGAAUAUAAUGUAGGGUACAGCACAGAGAACU